CCAGAUGUGGAUGACGUCAGUGACCCCCACACUUUCCCAUCCAAUUAUCUCUGAGACCCCAGCCGCCCCUGGCUUUAUCUGUGAAACUGUUUAUGGAAGGCCUUUCACACACAUUCUAUGGUCCUGAGGAGGAAAAAUGAAAUCCUUUGAAAAGACCACCAGUGUGCAAGCCUCUUAAAACUCACGAGGACAAUUUGGGAAAAUCUUCAAACUGAAGCUACUUGCUGCUUUGGAAUCUGGAAAACAACACAAAAGUCCAUCAACCCGUCCAUGUUGCAGGAUGAGAGCAGAGGAGCUGAUGCCUUGUGUUCUUAUCACUCUGCUGGGGCUGACCCUGAUGGAGUCAACUCAUGGACAGCACAUGUCAGAUGAACCCUGCUCCGUCCAGAUCCUCGUCCCAGGACUCAAAGGAGAGCCAGGAGAAAAGGGAGAGAAAGGGGCACCUGGGAGACCAGGAAGAUUGGGUCCACUAGGGGAGAUGGGACAUACUGGAGUUAAAGGACAUAAGGGUAUUAUAGGACGUUAUGGGAAAAUGGGCCCCUGUGGAAUCAAAGGUUUAAAAGGAGAUAUGGGGGAUCCUGGGCCAAUGGGCCUGAAUGGUGAUCCAGGUGUUCCAUGUGAAUGCACACCCCUGAGGAAGAUGAUUGGUGAGAUGGACAUCCUAGUGGCCCAGUUAUCCAAUGAGAUGAAGUUCAUCAAAACUGCACUGCCCUCCCCUGCAGCUGUCGCCGGCAUCAAAGAGACCGACAGUAAGGUCUAUCUACUGGUCAAGGAGGAGAAACGCUACACCGAUGCAGAGGUCUAUUGUCAGGGAAGGGGUGGACACUUGGCCAUGCCCAAGGACGAGGGGGCCAACGCAGCCAUCGCUGGGUACAUCACUGAGGCGGGCCUGAGCCGGGUGUACAUUGGCAUCAAUGACAUAGACCGUGAGGGCCAUUUCACCUACGUGGAUCGCUCCCCCAUGAGCACAUUCAGCAAGUGGAGGGAAGGAGAACCCAACAAUGCCUACAGGGACGAGGACUGUGCUGAGAUGAUGGCGGCGGGGGACUGGACAGAUGUGGCCUGCCAUCCCACCAUGUACUUUGUGUGUGAGUUUGACAAGGACAUUGUCUGAGGGGAAUUUUGAGAGUGGUAGUGAGUUGGAAGGGCAAAGGCCUCAUUGGAGCUGCAUGACAGAGAGAGGCUAUAAUUAUAGAGAAGCCUUUUAUAGUUAUACAGAUGAUGUUCAGUAUGAAACAUUAUUUUGACACAGCUGCAUUUGUUUAAUCACCCACCAGUGCUAAAUAUCAUUGUACAGUUUAGAAUAUUGUGUAUAGAAUACUGUGUAUAUAGUUGUGUAAAAACAAGGUUUCUUCUCAGUUUUUCCAGAAUUCUGCUUUUUUGACUUGAAAGUUUGAAUUGAAUGGAUGCUGUUUUUAUAAACCUUUGCAUUGAAUGGCUACAGCAACUUUUAAUAUGGACCAUGCAAAGUCAACAAAGUAGUGAGUAACUGUAGAUGCAAAAUGUAUUUACUAUUACCCAAUACAUGUUGGAAAAUACACAAACAUGUCUUGUAGUAUGUUCAUAUUGUUGGUCUGUUAUCUUUUUAUAAAAGUAAUUUCUUGGAAAGUGCACUUACAGGAACAAUAGACAAGCUAGCUAUGUAGGUUGGCAUAGAGUAGUUGGGGAUGGGCUUGAAAGUGUUUGUGAGGUCUGUCAGAUGUCUUGACUUCUGCCAUGUGCCUUGACUUCAAUGAUGGUGCAGAGUUCAUGUAGCUGACAUUAUCCAGAUAAUUAAUGGUUUCUGGUAUGUUAUGGGAUAUUCAUCAGCAAAAAAACAGAAAGAAAUAAGAUUUUGGGACAUAUCAUAAUGUCUGUUUCACCAAUAGGCUUUCAACGACUGAAUGCAGUAUCUAUUCUAAAAUAUGGAAAUGUAUGUCCUUUUAACAGAACAGUGUCCUCAGGGAUGCAGAUGGUGAAAUAUGUGAUUUGGUAUUGCUCAUUUGCCUGUAAUGUACAACAUAAUCACUGAUACUAAUAGUAGUUCAUUUAUUUUUCUAUUUACAAGUAAACGCUAUGUAACUGUCCUACUGGUGUAUUUUGUAGGUUACCUCCACCUAGUGGCUAAUAGUGAAACACUCCUACCACUGUUCACUGUUGAUCUCCUCACAUAGAGCUAUCGGGAAUGUUACCAAAUUAAAAUGGAAAGAUAGACACAAACCAGAUGUGGCUAUUUCUAGAAAAACAUAAUAUACUGACACCACAUUCAAUUUCAACCGGCAUACCUUGCAUGUGAACCUAUUAACUUAUAUAGACUAACAGGUUUAUGAUGCUUGCAGAUCAUCUACAAUUUAAUUUUAAAAAUCCAGUCCUUAUAAUGACCUUUUCCUCUCAUACCAAUGUUUAUAAAAUAUGUAACAUGUUACUCUAUAGGCAUACCUCUUAUUUUAUUUAACUAGGCAGGUCAGUUCAG